AUGACUUUCAAGAUCCAUCUUCCUCUCAAUGCUAUUGAUACUAUCAAUCAACCUCCUCUCUAUUACCUCCAAAUCCAAGAUACUCUCAUACUUUCGACGGGGCUCUUUUGGACCUUUACAUAUAUUCUAUACAUUCGACAAGCCUAUCGAGAUGAAUCUUAUGGAAUGCCUAUUAUCGCACUCUGUGCAAACAUAGGAUGGGAGAUAGUGUAUGGUUUCCGCCUUCCAUUCACCCUGACUCAAAUCCUAGUCUUCGUUCCCUGGCUCAUUAUAGAUGCCUUUCUUGUGUAUACUACAAUGAAAUUUGGACCAAACCAGUGGAAUCAUGCUCCCAUGAUAUCUCAAAAUUUGAAGGCGAUUCUUGGGGGAGGUGUUGGAAUGAUGGUGGUUCUGCAUUGGGCAUUUGCGGAGACUCACGGCGACGAUAUGGAUGCGAUGUUUUGGUCGGCGUUUGUUCUCCAGAUGUUUCUUGGAAUUUCCUCAGUUGCGCAGUUGAUGGAGAGAGGUCAUACAAGUGGUCAUUCUAUUGAGAUUUGGUUUUGUCGUUUCAUUGGUUCAGCAUCUGCAAUCUUGACGUAUUGCUGGAGAUAUUUCCACUAUCCGAAGGACUACACGGUGGUAGGUACACCUUUAACAACAUUCCUUUUUGUGGCGGCUGAAUUAGCCGAUUUGUAUUAUCCUAUCGUGUUCAAACACCUGCGAAAAAGAAAUGAUAAAAGCAAGAUGUUGUAA